CCUUCUAGCGGUUUGAUAGAAAGUGAGCAGGCUCACCAUUAUAAACCGGCUAUGGGGCGGCACGUGACCUGCAAAGUGUCAAUACGUGCGACUGCACGCGGGAGGCGGCGGCGUGUCCCAGAGCUAAGUAUUCAGGGGUAGAGCAGUGUGCAGUGUUAUAAUGAGAUUUAACACUGUAACAGCAGCACUGCACCUCACCAGGCGUCUGAUUUCACACGCGCCCCCCUGUAAUGUAAUAGAGCAGAUGGAUGGAGCUACUCAUGUGAAGAGACUCUCAAUCGAAGGGAACAUAGCGGUGGGGAAGUCAACGUUUGCUAAGGUACUGAAGAAUGCAGGACAAAACUGGGAAGUCACACCUGAACCUGUCAGCAAAUGGCAGAAUGUUGAGGCAGCAACUUCCCAAUCAGUGCUGUCUCCCAAGCAAACGGCAAGCAACCUGCUACAGAUGAUGUACCAGGACCCCAAGCGCUGGUCUUACACUUUCCAGACAUUCUCCUGCAUGAGCCGCCUGCGGACCCAGCUGCAGCCACCACCUGCCAGCUUACUGCAGUCCACAGAACCAGCUGUACAGGUGUAUGAACGCUCCAUCUACAGCGACAGAUACAUUUUUGCUCAAAAUAUGUUUGAGCUUGACUGUAUAAAUUCAACAGAGUGGGCAGUGUAUCAGGACUGGCAUUCCUUCCUUGUUGAGCAGUUUGGUUCAAAAGUACAUCUGGAAGGGAUCGUCUACCUCAGAGCAUCUCCACAGACCUGCUUGGAGAGGCUGGGUCGCCGGGGCCGGGAGGAAGAGCAGGGGAUUCAGUUGGACUACCUCGAAACGCUGCAUAGACAGCAUGACAACUGGCUCAUCAACAAAUCUACAGCAGUUCAUUUUGAUCACCUGAAAAAUCUUCCAGUGUUGGUAUUGGAUGCGAGCCUGGAGUUUGAGAAAGAUCCUGAAGUUCAGUCCGCACUUAUUAAGCAGGUUACGACUUUCCUCAAGGAGUUAUAAAUGCUAUGAAACAGGACCAAACACCAAAAGCUUUAGCUAUCAGGAUAAACUCUGUAAUGGACUAACACUUUGAAUCUGCUCCUGCCAACACAAAGUGAGAUGAAAAUGUUCUUCUCUGGACCAACAAAUGACUCAAUUUAUCAGUUUUUAUUUAUUUGUUGAGUUUCUGUUUUGCAUUCUGCCAUUCCAGAAAGGAAAUAAAGUUCUAUAUGUUAGUGUUUAAGAUCAUCGUAUCUCUGCUUUUGGGUUGUUAACACAAACUACUCAUUUAUCUCUAAAUUUGCUGCCUGAAUGGUAAACAAUUACAAAAUGUGAUAAACCUGAGGGCAUACUGUAAUAGUUUUUUCUGGAUGUUUUGAAGGUGAAUGUUGCGUGUUAUGCCCUGCAUGUGUUGUGUUGACUUUUGAAUAUUUAUUCAUUUUAAACCCUGCAGUGAAUGUAUGUUCUCUUUUGGCUGUGUAUUAGAUGUUCUCUAAGAAUAUGAGGUUUUAUGGCUUUUAGGACCCAAAAGCAACCUAGUCUUGAACUAGAUCUGUAAGACAUUCUUCACUGAAAAUGUUUUUCAAAUCUUUCGGUUUUGGUACAAAUGUUUUUUUUCUCUAAGUUCUACACAGUAUGUCUGUGUAAGGCAAAUUCAAAUGGUUUUAUAUAGAAAGUUGUUUCUGUAUAACCUCUUGCUGGUUUCAAAUAAAUGCCUAUGGUAUUAAACUUGAACUUUUUAAACUCUAA